UCUUGCGUGGUGAAAGAACAUUAGUUUUAAAAUACCGAAGUAAACAAGAAACUACAUGUUCGCAUUCAUUUUUGCUAACUAUUGGAAUUUAUCGAUUCUUGUAUUGAAUCAUUAAUAACCGAGAAGUACUUAUCUAAUUCAGACUUUAUAUUUUGAAAGUGAUUACUACGUUUGAUUAUAAAAUAUAGUCAAACUAUUGGAAAAUGGCUGGUGUUCUUUUUGAAGACAUUUUCGAUGUUAAACACGUUGACCCAGAUGGCAAAAAGUUCGACCGAGUGUCCAGGCUGUUCUGUGAAAGUGAGUCGUUUAAGAUGGACUUGAUCCUGGAUGUGAACACACUGAUCUACCCCGUGGAACUGGGAGACAAGUUCCGUCUGGUGAUAGCCACAACACUGCGAGAGGACGGGUGCCCGGACGACGGUGAGUUCAACCCCACCAACACAGGUCCCAGCCGCGCUGACCAGUUCGAGUACGUCAUGUACGGCAAGGUGUACAGGAUCGAGGGGGAAGAUGGCGCCUCAGACUCGUCAAGACUGGCAGCCUAUGUGUCUUUUGGUGGGCUUCUGAUGCGAUUGAAGGGUGACCCCAACAACUUGCACGGAUUUGAAGUGGAUGCCCGGAUCUACCUCAUGAUGAAAAAACUGGCUUUUUAGUUGUUUUUGUGUCUCUGGUUUUAGGAAUACUCUUUUUUUUUGUAUUUUGAUGUCAACAUUUUUAUAAAAAAGAAAUUUUCAGAAAUUUUAUGGAGUUUAAAAAAAAAUGUAGGUUGAUGUUAGGUGUGUUUCUAUUUUAUCAAAAAACAAAACAAAAUAACAAACAGCUGGCCUAUUAGCCUUGAAUAUUAUUUAAAAGCACUCUUAUUUGCCAAAAGUUUUCUUUAUUGUACUUAUUGUAUAUUGAUACAUAGCUGUAAAAUAAAUGCCCUGUUUAUUUUUCUGUUUUUUUUUUUUUUUAAACUUUCAGAAUAACUUGCCAUUCUAGGUAACUAGUUUUAAAGUAUUUAUAAAUAACUUUUACUUGCUUAAUUUGAGAAAUUUGUUUUUAAAUCCCUGAAAAUUUAAUAAGAUAAAAAAAUUUAUAAUGGCAAUUUUACUCAAUUAUCUUCAUAAUAUUUUUGAACUGAUGCUAAGAUAAAGUGAAACUAGUUUUGAUGAAGUUAGAAAUUGAUGAUGUGGUAGGUGAACUAGAGAAGUGAUGUGGUAGGUGAACUAGAGAAGUGAUGUGGUAGGUAAACUAGAGAAGUGAUGUGGUUGGUAGGUCAAUUGAAGCUAAGGCCAGCUGUUUGACUGGUUCAUACAGAUCAAUACAGACAACUUGAUCAGAAAUGGG